CUCCUAUUUCUCAAUUCUCGCCUAUCAUCACUCGUGACCCGUCAACUUAGUGAGCGAGUCGAGAGCUUUAUCACUCACUAGCCCAGCAUAUAUACUCCUCUCUCUCUUCAGUCUGCUCCUCUACUCAACAUCCAACUCCAACUCCAAUAACUACCAUGAGCAGCCUUACUACCGGUACCGAGAUGCCCUUCAGAGGCAUCGUAGCCAACUCUUCGGACUCCAGUCCACAGAAUGUAGCCCCUCCAACCCAGCUUCACAACCAAUGUCCCACCGCUCCUUCAGUGGUCCCCUCAGCAGACUUCAACAAACUCGUCUUCGACCCGCAGCACUUCAAAUCGCUUGUCCACAGCAUCAAGAACGAAAUGGACAAUGGCCGCUUCCAGGAUCUCGUUCUCAGUGACACAAUCUACCAGCAGAUGCAGAUGAUGUCUGAGGCUUUGCUGUUCGAGGUUUUCGCUGAUGCCAAUCUCACUGCUAUCAGGGAUCGUCGCUUGACCGUAACUCCAAAGGACAUGUGUGCUUCAGCUACUGGCGAAGGCCGCAACCUGAUAAACUUCAGUAUCAAGAAGAUGCGUGAGGAGGAGGAGAAGUCCGAUGAGGAUGAAGAGAUGACCGACAAGGAGGACGCUUCUGAUCCCGAGAAAGAGCAGUAGUGAUAUCUCCACAUCAAGACUUUCCAAAACAACCUCACCUCAAACAAUCACGAGACGACAAAAGAAAG